CUCAUCUCUGGUGGUUUCACUGCUUAUCCUGAACACCAAACUAUUAACCAAAUAUUACAGGUAAGAGUGAUUGGCAUUCUUGGCGCGCCCAUUCCCCGUUGACGUCUAUGACCGUUUACAUGCGCAGCCUUGACGUAGAGCUAUAAGAAGGCGCCCGGGCUGUGAGGUGAGGGUCAUGGAGCGUAUAAGAGGCGCACACAUGCACACAGCGUUUGGCUGCUGAGGUGCCACUUUCUCCUCCUCCAUCUGGAUAGAAAACAGAGAAACAUCCUCAGCUCUUUCAGACAGACUUUCUGCUUCUCCACAUUUUUGGAAAUUCUUCCACUCUUUUCCUUCCCUUUCUGCCUCAGAUGCGUUUUUCCGUUCCAGAUCAUUAAGCUCCCGUGCAUAAUUGUGAGAGCAAGUUUUCAGCACCACGGUCAGAGGGGACAGCUGCGGAGCUGCAGCGGAGCAUGGAGCCUUACACAGUCCCGGGAGCUCGCCUGUCCCUGUCCGACCUUUACUCCGUCAUCCCCUUCAAUGUCACCUUCCCGGACGAGGAGAGCGGUUUGAUGGGGGACCGGCUGCAGAACCACACCGAGCAGCAGGGUCCGGUGAGGAGCGCCGGAGGUAUGAUCAUAGCCAUAUCCAUCACGGCUCUGUACUCCGUAAUUUGCAUGGUAGGACUUCUGGGCAACAUCCUCGUCAUGUACGGGGUGAUCAGAUACACUAAGAUGAAGACGGCCACAAACAUCUACAUCUUCAACUUGGCUCUUGCCGACGCCUUAGCCACCAGCACACUGCCCUUCCAGAGUGCCAAAUACCUUAUGAACACCUGGCCGUUUGGGGAGGUCUUGUGCAAGCUCAUUAUCGCCAUUGACUAUUACAACAUGUUCACAAGCAUCUUCACGCUCACCAUGAUGAGCGUGGACCGCUACAUCGCCGUGUGCCAUCCGGUCAGGGCGUUGGAGUUUCGUACGCCGGCCAAGGCUAAGGUUAUCAACGUGCUCAUCUGGGUGCUGUCUUCAGCGAUUGGUGUGCCCAUUAUGAUCAUGGCUGUGACCAAAGAGGCAGAUAAUGGUAAAAUCAUGUGCAUGCUGAAGUUCCCUGACCCUGACUGGUACUGGGACACAGUGACUAAGAUUUGCGUCUUCAUCUUUGCCUUUGUGGUUCCCGUGAUGGUCAUCACCAUCUGCUAUGGCCUGAUGAUCCUGCGUCUGAGGAGUGUUCGUCUGCUCUCUGGCUCCAAAGAGAAAGACCGCAACAUGCGCCGCAUAACCCGCAUGGUACUGGUGGUGGUAGCUGCCUUCAUCAUCUGCUGGACCCCCAUCCACAUCUUCAUCAUCGUGAAGACCAUGGUAGAAACUGACAACAAGAACCCCUUGGUGAUCGCCAGCUGGCAUGUGUGCAUUGCCUUGGGCUACACCAACAGCAGCCUCAACCCUGUACUCUAUGCAUUUUUGGAUGAAAAUUUUAAGCGAUGCUUCAGGGAUUUCUGCCUCCCCUCUAAGACUCGCGUGGAACGGAGCAGUCUGACCAGAGGUCGCAACACCACCAGGGAGCCCGUGUCCGUCUGCGCUCCAACAGAAGCAGGGAAGAAUCCGACAUGACUAGGCAUGGACUGGGUCCCACACAGCUCUCGCUCGAGGAGGAUCCAGCAAGAUCUGCAAUCGGAGGUUACACAGAUCUCCACAACAGAGUUUUAAGAGAUCUUUACAUGAAAAGUUAGUCUCAAAGAAAAGUCAUGUGUUCUCUCCAAUUUGACUGGUGUACUGGACAUCCAAAGGAACACUUAAAGAUAAUGAAAAGGCUUCACUCCAAUCUUACUUUUCAAUUAAAGUUGUGAUUAUAAUGUGAAAUGUUUUAUCACACAGCAAAAGAAGCCUUACAAAGACAGUGACAGUAAAUUUGGUGAAUGUGUCCAGAACCAAAUGGUAAAACACGAUUGCAAAACAGAAAAUCCCCAGCUCAUAAUUUGCCUUCCCAAAAAACCAAAGUACAAGAGUGCAGGACUUUUAGUGAUGCAACAAGGACAAAGAAACACAUGAAGGUUUUUGUACUGUCAAGCAAAGGAUGCAUUGCUCAUACAUGAGAGAGUGCUGUAAUAGAGCAAGCUGACUCUGCCAGGGUGAAGAAUGUGUAACAGAGGAUAAAAGGGUGAAACACUGAUCUUUGUCAUUUCUUCUAAGAAGAAGAAAUGACAAAGGUCUGUACAUGCUGUAUGUAUGCCUGUACAUCCAUCCAUUUUAGUGACAAACAAGUAUUUUGAAGGGGAAAAAUCAAAUCAGAGAGAAAACUUUUUCAUUUGUAUUUAAAAUAUCAAUCCAAAAUGAGCCUUACAGAGCACCAUGCUUGCUGACAGCUGGAUGAUGAGUUACAGCACAGUUUGUUACACAACAAGGUCAGCCACUUUCUACAAGGAUGGUGGUAUUCAGUCAGCCUUUUCCAAGCAAAAAGAGACACUUGUCCCAUAGUUGUUUUGUUAGUUUGUUUUUUGUUUUAAACUUGGACACAGUUGAGUGAAGAAGAAGAAUUUGAAGACCAUGGAUUUGUAAAAGGACAUCAAACGACAUGAAAAACAUACUCAAGCCCGGUUUGUGGGAUUUUGGGCUCAUUUGGAAUCACUUGGGUUUCAGUGGGCUUCUUUUCUGCUCACCUACACUAUAACCUUCAUGGGAGAUGUCAAGCUUGCACAGAGCCCCUGGGCAGAAUCAUCACAGAAUGAUAAACCUACCACUGAAGAACACUGUUGGCAGCCACAACCCUUCUCUCACGUUAUGGUGAUAUUGUGUAAAACUAAUAUAGUGCAUAACCAAGGAACAUGCUUCAGUUUGGACUGAGAAUAGCUCGAUCACAUUGUAGACAGAGACACCUGUUCUCAUGUCCUAAACAAACUGCUUCAAGGAGAUAGAUGACAGGCGCUAUGGAGCUAUCACAUCAAAUCCUAAUCACAGUUUAGACAGCAGGUUUCAGUAUCACAGUUAAGACAAAAUGAUUUGCACUACCCAGAGCAGUAAAUUAUUCUCAUUUAUUCUGACACCAUAAAUAUUUGGACACAUCAAUCAGUGGGUGCUGUGGAGUUAAUGACCAUUUUAAGUUUACAGGCCAGAUGAGCUAUGUCAGCUGUUAUAAUGCAGAGUUGAUUGGAAUUGCUCUGAAAUAUCUGACGGCUAAAUGUGUUUUGACAUAUAAUUGUCUGAAUGUGCCAAAGUUUUGAUUAAUGUUCAGAUGGAAAGUCAGCAUUUUCAGAAGUGUUGCCCAGACGACACACUUCCAAACUGAAUAUAAAUCAAAGAAGAUGAAUAAUAAAUUAGGAAAAGUUAAUAAAUGUGAAUUUGUAGAUAUUACAAAGCUUUUGCAUCUUAACAAAUUUGGCUUCAGCUACAGUUAAAACAACUAUAAGAUGUACAUGUGAUUUUGUAUGCUUUCUGUACAUUUCAAUAUUUCAUCACAAUGCUUUUGUUCAUGUAACUAAAAAAAAAAACUGGAGUAAAGACAACAUUCACAGUUUGGAAAGAGAUUUCUCCUCUUUUUACAGAGUCAGAAAUUUGCUUGUGGAGUGACUGUAAAGCAAAGCACAGAGAUUUUUACAAUGUGAUAUAUUCCCUCAUAUUUUCUUACAAUAGCAGUGGUUAUUUAAAGUGUGCUGUACAGUAUAUACAUACCUGCUCCCUGCUUUAAACACGUGCUGCAUCUGUCAGAUGUGCAGAGUAUCUUGCAUUAUUGUUUUCCAAGAAAGUACGACAAGGGUGUACAAGUUAUAUUAAGACAAACUAGCACAAGCUAAUUACUUUGAAUAAACUGGCAGAUAAAAACAACUUUAACAAACCAUAUGCAUCCAGGGUAUUAUCAAAGUUAAUGAGUGGGUGUGGAUUUUCAUUUAAUUGUCAUAUAGUGAUGACUAAUUUGAAAUGUUUGUUCAUGUCAUUUUCAUUUUAUACUUUGUAUAAACAAAUCUAGCUUCAUUGUUGAUAAUCAUUCUUUAAGAUUCAAGUUGCUUUAAUUGUUGGAUGUAGUUAGUUACAUACAGUAUAACAUGUUGUCAUUGCAAUUGGUGGUCGGGUCCUAAAGGAGCAAUCAGUUAUAUUUUACCACUUUUCACAAAGUGAGAAUAAUAAGUAGCAGGGGUAUCCAAAUGUUACCAAUCAAAUUCAGCACUUGUCAUCAUGUGUUCCCUUAAUGGCUGCAGCAAUUUCACCUAGUCAGUCCCGCACCCAAGGCAUUUCAACACCAAACCCUGCUCCCUGGAGCACCCAUGCCCUCUGACUUUCACUGUCAUCAAUAUGGAAGGGCAAACAAUAACCAAAUAAGCUGUAACUUCAAAUUAUUCCCCAAAUUAACCCCUAAAACACAUUUUCCCUGUGUCAUACAGUGAAACAAAAUGAGAAAAUAAAUUCACUGUAUUAAGCAAACAGGCAGCACAUCAUCAAAAACAGUCACUUUAAUCUGCAUUUUACUGACCUUUUAGUAGUGCGGUCAUACCUUACCACAAAAUUGUCACAGUCACAACAUACUUUAUCUCAAACCACAAAUUAUUUGUUGAAAAACAAUACAAUUCUUUAGAAAAACCUGAAAGGCCACAUCCACUGUAAAACCAGUGAAAACUGGCACAUAUGAUAUUCUAUAGUCUAUAUUUACAAGCCUUUGCCAGUACCUAACAUUUAUUGAUGGUAGAACAUGAAAACAUAGGCUUCCCAUCACCCUCCUGAUUAACAGGCAGCUACAGCUCACUGACAGGAAGAGUUAAGGCCUUGGUGUGCUCCAAAUGAAGUAGGUUGCAAAAUGUGUCACAAGGUCACAUUCAAAGGCAAAGUCAUAGCCCAUCAUAAACAGGCUUUGCAAAUAACAGCACACACAUUCAGUCUCUAGUUGAAGGCACUCAUGAGAUCACACCGAGCUGCUGGUAUGAAAAGCGAUAUACUGAAAAAAGGUGCUUGAGAGAAAGGUUCAAACCCUGCCUGUUGUCAUAGCUCCACGCACCUGACCAAUCACUACAGAGAAUAGGAACCGAGAUUGAUGGUGGAUUCUGUGAACCAUGAGUAUGUUAAAAGGACUGACAAACAACAUCAUCCUGGCAACAGAGCAAAUAUUCUCCAGUGUCCCCGGAGCAACUGGUUCCUGAAUUAGCUUAGCCCAGAGGCUCUUCAAAAAAACUUAGAAGUGCAAGUGUAACUGAAACUUGCAUUUAUGGGUUAAUUUGUCUUUAUGUAACACAGGCAGUGUUUCCUCUACACAUAACAACCCUAUGGCUAGACUAGAACACUGACUUCACAGUACAGGUCCCGUAUAUUACAGGACAUACUUGUUCUUUUUUCAUUCAAUUCCAGUGCCAAUGUUUUCAAAGUCUACAAUAUCUAUGAAUUGCCAUGGAAAGUCUGUGCUUAACACUUGGUUAAAGUUAUGGAAACAGCUGGGUUCUGAAUAAGGCAAACAUUAUUUGCCCAUCACUGACAGACUACAGACCUGAUGGCCUAUGUGCCCAGCUGCCACUGUAGGGCCCGCUACUGCCUGCACUGGCACUGAGUGACAGCAUUGUACAUCAAUUGUGUUGAAAUGUCCAACAUGAAUGCAAUUCCAAGGAAAGCUGUGCUGAGAUCUAUCUAUCUAGCUAUCUAGUUUAUGGCAGUUAAUCAUUAAGUCCUUGUUUGUCAUGUACAUUUUAACUGUAGCUAAUUUAUUUAUAUUACACUAUGUGAAACUGUUUAUGAGGGGUUUGGCAGCGAGGAGAAAAGGACGAGGGGGCUACUAAGAUGAUGUAGCAGAGCUAAGGCUGUUGCUCAGGAAUGUUUAAAAAAGCUGUGAGUUCCUCCUAAUUACAAUUAAUGCUACUGAAGAGUUGACAUUACUGAUUGCUCCUUUAAUCUUCUUCCUUUGUUCAGCUUUCAUAUGUUUAUUUUUGUACCUCUGUAAUUUACCGUGCAUUAAUAUUGUUAACUAUGUUUGGCAUUUUUCUAUUUGACAUUCAACUGUUUUGCACUGUAAGCAGAGUACUAAAAGCUAGCGUGAAUAUUAAUGUGUACAUUUGUGUAGGAUGCUAAUUUUUUGUGUAACUGCUGAUGAGAGUACAGUGUGUAGGGCAAAUAUGCUGACACAUUACUAGUUCUUUUGCCAUGUUAACAUAUUACUGUUUAGCUUCUUAUAGCUCCUGUUGUAUAAAACAUUUCUAAUGCAGCAGCUGUUUCAAA